GGCAGGGAGGGGAACAUGUCUACAGCAUUGGCUGAGGAUUCGAGCUGUGAGCUGGUGAGAAGAACAGAGAUGCCGAUGCAUGCCUUGCAAGGAAGGAAAUGUUAGGUUGUGUGGCUGGGGUUAAAUAUCUUUCUCUUUUGGUGGUAUUACCUUGUGUAUGAUGUUGGAAAGGAAUACAUCUACACAAGGGUACUUCUUAAGCAUGCUUUAGCACUGGCAAGAGCACCUGCAGCUUGCCUGAAUUUCAACUGUAUGCUAAUUCUGCUGCCAGUAUGUCGAAACUUGCUCUCUUUCCUCAGAGGAUCAAGUGCGUGCUGCUCAACACGGAUCAGGAGGCAGUUGGACAGGAACCUCACCUUUCAUAAAAUGGUGGCAUGGAUGAUUGCCCUUCACACUGCAAUUCACACCAUCGCACACUUAUUUAAUGUAGAAUGGUUGGUGGAGGCACGUCUUAAUAAGAAAGGAAAUUUGUCAUAUGCUCUUUCUCAACUUGAAGACAAGCCAGAUCAAACCUAUCUGAACUUUGUUCGGGAAAAAUAUGAGAAUCCUGUAGGUGGCCUAUAUGUUGCUUUCACAUACUUGGCAGGUCUCACUGGCGUCAUCAUUACACUAUGCCUUAUAUUAAUCAUCACAUCAUCCACUAAAACUAUUCGAAGGUCAUAUUUUGAAGUGUUUUGGUAUACCCAUCAUCUCUUUGUCAUCUUCUUUAUUGGGCUUGUCAUCCAUGGUGUUGGCCGUAUUGUACGACGGCAGACAAAGGAGAGUUUGGAAGUCCAUUCCCCACAGGAUUGUAAAAACUACAAUGAAUGGGGUAGCCAAAAAUGUCCUGUACCCCAGUUUGCAGGAAAUCCUCCAAUGACAUGGAAGUGGGUAGUGGCUCCGAUGUUUUUAUACCUGUGUGAGAGGUUGGUGCGAUUUUGGCGAUCACAGCAGAAGGUUGUUAUCACAAAGGUAGUCGUUCAUCCUUUCAAAACAAUUGAGCUCCAGAUGAUGAAGAAGGGUUUCAAGAUGGAAGUUGGGCAAUAUAUUUUUGUCAAAUGUCCUGCAAUAUCAAGACUGGAGUGGCACCCUUUUACAUUGACUUCUGCUCCUGAAGAGGAUUACUUCAGCAUUCAUGUCCGUAUUGUAGGGGAUUGGACAGAGGGUUUGUUUAAUGUCUGUGGAUGUGAUAAACAAGAAUUCCAAGAAGCGUGGAAAUUGCCCAAGAUAGCUGUGGAUGGCCCCUUUGGCACAGCUAGUGAAGAUGUAUUCAGUUAUGAAACUGUUAUGCUAGUUGGAGCUGGAAUAGGGGUCACUCCAUUUGCAUCGGUACUCAAGUCUGUCUGGUACAAAUAUUGCCACGAUGCAACCAGCCUCAGGCUCAAAAAGAUCUAUUUUUACUGGCUGUGCAGAGACACUCAUGCCUUUGAAUGGUUUGCUGACCUCUUGCAGUCACUGGAGACUCAAAUGCAGGAGAGGGAUAAUGCCGAAUUUCUCAGCUACAACAUCUAUCUUACAGGCUGGGAUGAAUCUCAGGCUACUCAUUUUGCAGUGCAUCAUGAUGAAAAGAAAGAUGUGAUUACUGGCCUGACACAGAAGACCUUGUAUGGCAGACCAAACUGGGAAAAUGAGUUCAAGACCAUUGCUCAGAAGCAUGCAGGUUCCAGAAUAGGUGUUUUCCUGUGUGGACCCGAGGCCCUGGCUGACUCACUCAAUAAGCAGAGCAUCAACAACUCAGAGGCUGAUCCCCGAGGGGUGCAUUUCAUUUUUAAUAAGGAAAACUUCUAACUCUGCUUUCCCCAAGAGACACAGGAAUAGCUAAGCUCAAAAACUAAUUUGUUUAUUCCUCUUUUGCUUGGAUAUGGGAAUGGUGGGUCAAAUUCUGAUCUCAGUUGCCUCAGUGUUAGUCCCUUGACUUCACUGACAUCAUUUUGGAUUUACACUAGUGUAACUAAGCAGGGAAAUUGGGUGAGAGUCUCUUUGUGUUGCCCUCUAAAUUCUGAGCUAUUUUAGCAGCAAUCUGUUAUUUGGAGGAUUUUUCUCAAUUAACUGUCUUUAUCUUCCUUCUAUUCAUAGUGACUGCCCCGGGUUAUAGACAGUGGAUGCAUCUGGGAGUCAGUUUACAUUGAUAACAGCUUAAUGCUAUUGAACAAUAAUGCAUUCUAGCAUAAUGCUUGCUACUUAAAAUGCAGUUUAUCUUGACUCUUGGGGAAAAGGAAGGAUUUUGGAAAGGAUGAAUGGGAGAGAGAGUUCUCAUAUUAGCAUUUUCAGGCAUUCAAAUCCAAGUCCAGAUUUCUGAUCCAAAGGACAGAUUCUCUGAAAAGCAAUGUUUCCCCUGGUGCUUUCAGGAGCACAGGACUGGAAGGGACCACAAAAUCAAAGGCGUAUGGUAGGGAAUACUGCAGUGAUGCACUGCACACCCACUCUGCACACCCACUCUACAUUUUCUUGUAUUGCAGUGCUGGGCUUGGACUAAUAAACAUACUGUAAAUAGGGGAGUAUGUUGGCCUGUACCCAAGUGCAGUAAUACUGUGGUCAUAUUACAUCUCUUCUGUGGUGUAGGGUGUGCAGAGCAGGUAUUCUGUCCUUCACAGAGAUGUUCCCUAGUACUUGCCUUUAACAUGUACCCUGUGUCAUUAAGUCCAGCUCUCUGCUACUGCAGGCACUGCACUAUACACCUGUAGGCAAAUGAAAUGUAUGUAUGAUUACUCUGAGGUGAUACAUUUCUAUUUGUAAAAGAACAUUAUAUCUGUAAGCUCUUGGAAGCAGAGACCUUAUAUACCCAGCCUAAUGUGAUCCUUAUCCUUAUUGCAUUGCCUAGGCAUUACUGCUACUAAGUGGGAAUUAAGCAUGUUUGGGCAAAAAUGAAAUGUUCUCUUCAUUGCUGAGCUUUGCUAAUACCCAUUUUGUUUUAAAGGAUUCCUUGGGUAAAAAACUACAUUUUCUGGGUGUCUCUGGUACACUGCAGCCUGUGCUCCUGUGUUCAGGUCCCACUUUGCCUUUAGUCAACAGCUUUCAGACCGCAAACUCAAAACACAUGGAUUGCCUUGUGCUUCCAGAUUCAUGGCACAGCAAUGUCAACAAAAGAUAGGCACCAUACUUUCCAAGUCUUCAGUUCCUGCUUUCUAGGAUAGCUCUGAAUUGGUGAAAGAGCUUCAUGUCACCAACUGAUUUAAUGGGUUCAUUGCUAAGCAUUUUAAAAUGCAUAUAAAUGCUUUUGGUUCUGCUUCUGAGCUACUUCUUUCUAUCAGUAGAGGCAUAUUUUAGAAAGUGGUGUUCAUUUGGACUGUAUCUGUGACUUACAUGAAUAAAAUGCUGUGCAUACAAUAUAC